AGAAGAAGAAGAAGAAGAAGAAGAAGAAGAAGAAGAAGAAGGCGACAACAACAAGAACUUCUGUCGAUGGUAAUACCCUCCGAGCAGAACGGGCUAAACGCUAACGUUCUCUGAAUACAUUAAUCUAGAUUAACCAGGUAAAGCAGAAGUAGAAUGACUCGCCAUGGAAAGAACUGCACGGCCGGAGCUGUGUACACGUACCACGAGAAGAAGAAAGACACGGCGGCGUCUGGUUACGGCACACAGAGCAUCCGACUGGGCAAAGACGCCAUCAAAGACUUUGACUGCUGCUGCCUGUCCCUGCAGCCCUGUCGGGACCCUGUGGUGACUCCAGAUGGAUUCUUGUACGAAAAACAGGCCAUCCUCGAAUACAUUUUGCACCAGAAGACAGAAACUGCCAAAAAAAUGAAGGCAUACGAGAAGCAGAAGCAGGUGCAGAAGAGCAGCAGCCAGCUGGAGUCCAAGUCGUCGGAGAGAGAGCGGGUGGAGCUGUUUAAAACCAGGGAGAACAGCAUCGUGUCCAAACCCAUCAACCCCUUCACAUCUGGGCUGAACAGAGGAGGUGAUCAGGGCCGAGCAGACAGCAGCUCGGCGGGAGAGUCCUCUUCGUCCUCUUCAUCCUUUUCGUCCUCUGCGUCCUCAGCAUCCUCGUCCUCGUCCAGCCUCAGCCUGCCCAGCUUCUGGGUCCCCUGUCUGACUCCAGAGGCCAAGCCCACCCUGCUCAAGAAACCUAGCAAGGUGGUGUUAUGUCCCAUGUCAGGACGAGCCAUCAGGAUGAACGAGCUUAUCACCGUGCGCUUCACCCCGCUGGACCCCAGCCUGGACCGCGUGGCCCUGCUCACCCGCCAGGACAGGUACGUCUGUGCAGUAACCAGAGAUGUCCUAGGAAACAGUGUCCCCUGCGCUGUCCUGCGGCCCUCGGGCGCCGUGGUGACGCAGGAGUGCGUGGACAGGUUGAUCAAGAAGGACAUGAUGGAUCCUGUGACUGGAGACAAGCUGUCCGACAGAGACAUCAUCCCCCUCCAGAGGGGGGGGACCGGCUUCGCUGCCUCAGGGAUUGACCUCAGUGCCAAAGAGGCUCGUCCGGUCAUGCAAGUGUGAGGCGAAGGCCCGCGGCGUGCACAGCGGCGCGUCGGGCUGGUUCCGUGGACAGCCUAGCUCGCUGACUGCUUCUCCCAGCACGUUCACAACCUUCACCUGUUUUGUCGUCCGCUGAAAUGUCUUUCAUGUUCCUGUAGCUAAUUGGCAUUUCUUCCAUCAUAGACCACACGUAAUAUUUAAGUGUCUAUAUAAGACGAGACGAGGCAGAGGACUCUACAUAAGAGUAGAAUCAAAUGAAUUGAUCUGUCAAUCAUUAAUUCUUUGAAAUGUGCUGCAAAAUGUAUUCAAAUUCAGAGCCAUGGGAUUAGUUUGAUAGAAUGUUCCACCCUGAUGACGAGAUACUGUAAAUGUUUCGUAGCUUUUAUAUUUGAUGCUCAGGGCCAGGCAUUGGUUCCUAUUAAACUGCAUAUAAGUUUAA